AUGCGCGAACCGCAUGUAGAAUUCUUGGCCAAUACAAGGUCCCGCGUUUCGAAUCAGGACACGCUGCCCCUCCCAUUUCCCAAACCGAAGCCCCAGCUGGUUGCCGAUGCCAAGCAAGCGUACCACACAGCUUGCAAACAAUAUGCCGACAAGAUCAAGACCGACGGACUAAAUGCUUGGAAAAACGCACCCAACACAAGGCUCGAACAACAAGAAGCACGGGAGCAGUUAGCUCAAAAUAUGCGGCCGAUCACGUUCCCCGCACACGAUGUGAAGCUCGAGGCAGCCAAGCCGUCACUGGAGAUCAGUUGCUCGGCUGUGCAUCCGACAAACAUCCCCGAGCAGCUUAUGGUUACAAUCGAUGCCAUCCCGCUAACUGGAAAGGAGACCGACAAAGAAUUGCACGAGCAGCUCGAAAAUUUUCCGAGUACGCGCGGUAUCCGUCUCGGCUGGAACCGUCUCUGCCCGGAUGCGGUCGCCCAAAACAUGUACAAAGAGUUGAGCGCAAAGUACAACGAGGAGAAAGACAAAGAAAAGAUCGACGAGGUGUUCAAUUACCUCUUCCCAAACAAGCUACCGGUGGAAAAUCUCCCAGCAUAUUUUAACAAGUUGAUGUUAACCGACAAAAAGGAGCCGAGCGGCAAAAAUCAAGUGGCUGCGGAAGCUGGUGGAAAACCGGCGUUGAUGAAGAUGUGUCGUGUCUGCUUUAUGUACGGUUGCAAGCAACAUGUUGGACAAGACAACGAGCGCCCAGUUCCUGCACGUCAGAAGCCACCUCGUACAAUUACCAAGGAGAUGCAAGCCAAAAUGUGUGGGCCGCGAUGCUGCAAAUUGGUGAAGAGCGAGGAAGUGACACGAUUGGGGCAGGGCUCUAGUAAGACGGUGGUCCCUGUUAUCAACGUCGAAGCUCUUGAAACAUAUGCGAAAAGGAAUGGUGGCGUUGAAAACUGCUGCAUGAUCACCGCUGAGUACAACUUUUUGCAGAAGGCCUCUCUAGAUUGUGUACAGGUCUUCGGCUACCUAAAGGCGCACCCAGAAUUCCGUGUUGCCGCACCAAAACCGGUUGUGAACAAAGUGAAAGAGCUGUCGUACUCUGAAAAGUGGCGAAGUUUCGUCAAUGGGCUCAAGACACUUGGUAUGGACAAGAUCCACCAUGGCGAUCAUCACAUCUGCACACACGACGGAAAAUGCGAGAAAGGCAAAUGCGCAUGCCUCGAAAAUGGGUACUGCAACAAGUUUUGCCACUGCUACCCUUGUCGACAUACGUUUCCGGGCUGCAGAUGUCAAGGCUUCUGUAAUACAAAACAGUGUCCCUGCUUCAAUGGCCUCUUCGAGUGUGACCCUGAUCUGUGCAAAAACUGCGGUGUCUGCGAGCCUAACAACCCACAGAAGAAAUGUACGAAUGUACAGCUCCAGCGCAAGUACUGUAAACGAGUGGAGGUACGCCUCUCAACAAUCCCGGAAGCCGGCCGAGGUCUAUUCGUUUUGGAGAAAGUGUCAAAGGGCGAACUAAUUGGCGAAUACGCUGGAGAGAUUCUAAGCCGCGAAGAAACCGAAAAGCGGGGCGCCCAAUACGAUCGCAACCGAUGCUCCUAUCUGUUUGCGCUAACCGAAGAAAAAUCCAUCGACCCAUUCUACGUGGGCACCCCAAUGCGCUACUUGAACCACAACCUCAAGAAUUUAAAUUGCGGAUCUCGGGUGAUGAUGGUCGGAACAGAAAGCCGCAUUGGCAUAUAUGCAUUGAGGGAUAUCGAAGCCGAAGAAGAGCUCUUCUUCGACUACAAAUACAACGAACUCAACGGGAAGAAGUUCGUCGGCAAGUCGACUGCCAAUGAAAAACCGACCGCCGCCGCACAGCCACUGCCAAAGAAGAAAAAGAAA